GGGCAGCGCCGGGGCGGAGAGGGCAAGAGAGUCGCGCAGCCCACCCUGAGGGCGGAUUAUCCGGGGCGCUGGGCCCGAAGGCUGCGCCAUGCGGGACGAGGUCAAGGGCGCGCUCGGUGACGGCGGGGGCAGCGGCGGCGACUCGGACCUGGCCAACGCCGCGGCGCGAGGACAAGUGGAGAAGGUGCGGCAGCUCCUGGACGCCGGCGCGGAUCCCAACGCAGUCAAUCGCUUCGGGAGGCGCCCGAUCCAGGUCAUGAUGAUGGGCAGUGCCCCUAUGGCGGAGCUUCUGCUGCUCCACGGCGCGGAGCCCAACUGCGCAGACCCUGCCACGCUCACCCGACCCAUACACGAUGCUGCACGGGAGGGUUUUAUGGACACGCUGGUGGCCUUGCACCGGGCUGGGGCGCAGCUGGACGUGCGUGACGCAUGGGGCCGCUUGCCCGUGGACCUGGCUGAGGAGCAAGGCCACCGCGACGUCGCGAGGUAUCUGCGCGCAGCUUCUGGGGACUGAUGACGCUCCCUGCGGUGCCCACGUGACUUUUUUCUCCCUGGUACCCCACCCCAGCCUGGUUCAUGUCACCUGCAAAUGUGGAGGGGCGCAGUGCCUGAAAGCCUUCCCAUCUCAUCGGGACGCCUGAGAGCGAGAAAGGACCAACAGAGAAUAAAUUCACACACUUUUUGAUGAAUCUGUAGCCUGCCCUCAACACUCACCAUAAAGCCAAACGCUGAGAUACAGGGCCACAUCUAUUGCCAACAGGUUUUGGACCUGUGUGAAGGUCCCGAUGCUUAUUACUAUUCAGGAAUUUCUGGGGCAAAGUGCACUCGAAGUGCUCGGAUCACCCUGGCUAGAGCUGGAGGCCGUGGGGAUCAGCAUUUCGUGGCAGUAAUCACGGUAUUUGCCCCGCUGAGUGAUCUUCGAGGAGCUCCCUGUAAACCCAGGAAGUGGACUGUAAUUUUUGGAAAUUGGACGCAAACCUAAGGACUGAUGAGCAGCUGGGAGGGUUUAGAUGGGCUUUGACAGGGACUCGAGGAUUUCUCCUGAAAGUCACACUAAAUAGUCCUGUCUGGAAGCAGGGAGACACAUCCUGCUCCACCAGGUAACAAAGCUGGACAGCGACUGAUGGGAGUGGCAUCACUAAA